AUGGAUCUGGAUGAAGAUCAUCUUCCUAUUUACCCAUCCAUUAGCUACCUCGAUAUAUUACGUGUUGAAGCUGAACCUAAUCUUGCAGUGACAUCGUGCAUACCGGUACAAAGUCAACCACAUCCUGGAUGGGGAGUUUGGCCUGAUUUGUGUAACGAUGACAAAGUCUCAUACAUGGAGGACUUGAUAACAACCCAUCAACCCUUUGGCAAGUAUCUAUGGCAUGGUGGUGACACUUCUUGUCCUGUCCUCACCGCAAAUGCAGAGGAGGAACCUGUUGUGAAGAUGAGAACUUCAAAGUCAAAAUCAACUUCUAAGAAGCUCUCCAGCAAAACUCCAGCUUAUCCCAAGAAAGAACUCAGACCAAGGAAGACAUCGAACAAACCCUCCACGUCCCGUAAGCAGAAACGCAUCAGCUCCUACUUUCAAGCAGCCGCCUCAUCCAGCAAUUCAAAUGACACACUAAUGGAAGUGCUAUCUGAAUUAUCUGACACGGUUUCCAACCUUCAAAAAGAGACCAAACUGUUGCGUCUACUGCUCAAACGACCGAAGACGCCUACCUACCGUAAGCGCAUUGCCUUCCACUCUCUCUUAGCUCGGACCAAGAAAGUACACCAAUCACACCGCGGGUGUCAGACUGAACCUUCAGACAUGGCCUUUGCUCAAUCUCCCACACGGACUUUUCCAGUGCCCAUGGAUGAAGAUACCACUCUUAGGAGCUCCCCUGUUGUCAGCCAAUAUGCUGCACAACAUUAUGUCUCACCCAAAGCAACGAAGACCACAGCUUCAAACACUACAAACCUCCAACCAGAACCCCUCUCUCAUUCUCCUGACCACCCUUCACCCCUCCUAACUCCUAUUACUAGUUCCCCUCUCCACACCACUCCAGAACAGCAGAACCCACCCAUCAACGAUUCUCCUGUCCACACUUCACACAACAACACUCCACCGACCCACACCUCCGGAAGUACUUCACCCAUCCACACAUCCGAAAACACUUCACCUGUCCACACCAAAUCCUUCCACACUCCAGAACCCAAAUCACCUGUCCCCCACACAACCUUAGCUAUCUACGAUGCCUCUCACCACCCUAACAGCCCCCCUGGUCAAAGCCCUCUCUUCCGAGCCGUUGGAAUAUUCCAACCUUUAAGCCCUGACCCCCCUUCUCUUUCUCAACCAAGAUACGACUCAUCAGCUAACCAAGCAUCCCAAAAUCCUCUUCCCUAUUGGUAUGAUGGUCCUUUCACACCACAGCCUUCUCCGUCUAAGACUUCUGAUAGUCUGCAAGGUUUCAUAAGUCAUGCUGCAGUACUCAACGCAUUUUCAGCUACCGCUUCUCCCCAAGCUCCUCUUUCGACUCCCCGGUCACUCCGCAGCAAUCAAAAGUCUCAUCAAAGCGUUGUCACCGAAGCUGUAGAAGUGAGUGACGGAGAAGAACCUAAGCACAUCCCAGAUCGUUCUGAAAACCUCCUAGCAAAAGACCUAAGAAGCUGCAAAGAUAUCCCACCUCAAUCUCUAAUUGCACCCUUACCUGAAAAACAAUGGGAUCAUUUUUGCCGUGUGGUGGCACAGAUCAAGCAUGUGGUUCGUCCUCAACUCCACUCCUCCUCACCUACGCUCUCGUCUAACAACAUGAGCUCCUCCUCCUCCUCCUCGUCCCUUCCAGAAACCCGCAGAACCGUCUUCGGUGUCCCAAAAAGAUGUUGGUGUGGAAAGGGCCUUGAUACCUGGGUUUCAGAAACAAAGGAAAAUCCUGGUCGCCGGUUCUAUAGAUGCAAAAUUGCUCUGCAGAGAAAAUCAGAGGUUCAUCUUUUUAAAUGGGUUGACGAGGCAAUACUCGAUGAGGUUCGGAUGGUUGAUGCCAAGCGUCUGGAUCUCCUUCACGAUUUACAAGCACUCUCUCUAAAAACAACGGACGACCUUGAGUCUCAGAGAUCAUGGCUCGCCUGUAGGGACCAAGAGUUGAGGAACCAGAUUAGUGAUAACAACUUGCAGAUGACGCGAGCUCUGGAUGUAGUAACAAUUCAGUUGAAAGAUCAUAUGGAUGCUAAGAUCAAGUCUCACCUUCACUCACAGUUCCCCAUCAAUGGCCACAUCCACAAGCUCGGCGUAGCUGUUGUUGUUAUGGGAUCUCUAUCCUACUUCUAUUGGAAGCUCAUCCAAUUAGAAAUCCAAAUGUUCUGUUGUUCCCCUAGUAUUUGCCUUCUAUAUCUAUCAUGUAGCUCCAACAAUGACACUGUCUUAAACUUUUCUCGCUUCGAUUGA